AUGUAUCUCUUACAAGAAAACUUGGUUAGCUUGCCGGAGGACCACUACCACCAUGGUGGCGGCAGUGCAGCUUCUUUUGAUGAGGUAGAGUGUGGCGUCUGCUCAAGGAAAAUAGAAGACGAUGAUGAGAUGAGAGAGUCGAGGUGCAACCACUUUUUUCAUAGACAUUGUUUGGAUGUAUGGAUUGCAUGUAGACGUACAACGUGUCCUUUGUGCCAUGAUAGUUUGACCAAGAUUGAUGGUGGUCGUAUGAUUGGAGGUUGGGAAGUGCUUUACUUUGAUUAUUGUAAUGCGAGAUCGGACAGUGACUAUGGUUCCUGGUGGCUCCGGUGA